AUGGAAGCUCCUUCUUCUCCUUCUCCUAAUCCUGCUUCUCCUUCUCCUGCUACUAACGGGGGAGAGGAUUGUUGUGUUAAAGUUUCUGUUCAUAUAAGACCGCUCAUCGCCGAUGAGCGCGCUCAAGGUUGUAAAGAUUGUGUCACUGUUGUCUCUGGAAAGCCUCAGUGUGCUGCUGUUACCUAUCACAAUCUGAGUUUGGAUCAGAAGCAAGUCAUUGCCUGGCAAUUUUAUGACUGGGAAAUUAUGCUCAAUUGA